UUCAUCCACAAUGUGACUAUCAAACGCCAUCUAUCGACGACAAAUAUAUUUUUAUCUCAUAUCUAUUCGACAUGCUGCUAGCUAUUUUUUUUUCAUACACGCCGGUCAAUUGCUCAUAUCACGAAGAAUUUAAUUGAAAAAUUUGAGUCCACCAGUGUUCCAAAAAUUAUUGACAUCCAAAAAAAAAGAAGAUUCUUUGAUUUUUGUCACUUUUUUUAAAAAACAAUGGCUUCAAUUGAUCCACUUGAUCAACUAUAUGAACAUUAUAAUAAGCUUGAUUCCGCCAAAGAAAACAUCAAACAGUUUGAAUCCGAUUAUUUGGCCAUAUUGAAUGCUGUACAUGGUAGUCCACAGGAAAAACAACUUUGUUCACAAUUUAUAUCGAAAUUUUUUGUUCAUUUUCCUGAUCAUUAUGAAUCGGCAAUAGAAUUAUUGCUAGAUCUUUGUGAAGAUGAUGAUCCUAAUAUUCGACGACAUGCCAUUAAAGAAUUGCCAAACAUUUGUCGUGAUCGAAAAGAAUUAGUUACAAAAAUUGCCGAUGUUCUUGCACAACUAUUGUUGUCGGAAGAUCCAAUAGAAUUGAACAUUGUCAAUCAGGCACUCAUAACAUUGGCCAAUUAUGAUAUUAAAAGUUUUCUACUCGCUUUAUUUGGCCAAAUUCUCGAUGGUGAAGAUGAAACACGUGAUCGUGUUGUAAAAUUUUUUGGCACAAAAUUUCGAACAAUCAAACCGGAUUUAUUGACCAAAGAAAUUGAAGAAUUCAUUCUGGAAAAUUGCAAAAAAAUUCUAAUCGAUGUGACCAAAGAAGAAUUCAUUACAUUGAUGACAUUGUUGGCUGGACUAAAAAUUUCCAAAACUGUUCAUGGUCAUAAUAAUUUGUUGGCCAUUGUCAAAGAUCAAUCAGAAUUAAAUAAUGAUUUUAUUCCUUCUGAACCGGACUCAUUAGAUAAAUUUCUUAUGUGUGUUCGUCACGGAAUUCCGUAUUUUUCGCAAUUCUCACCAUCGACUGAAUUUGUUCAAUACAUUUGUUUAAAAAUUCUUCCACAUUUGGCACAAAUUGAACAACAACAACCAGGUUUGGAACUGGAAGUUCUUCAGGCUCUAUCGGAAAUUAUUUCAUUCGUAUCACCGACACUGGAAACAUCUCAAUUUGAACAAUGCCAAAAUGCCGUUUUUCAAUGUUUACUUGGUUACAUACCAAAACCACCAGAAGAUUUGAAUACAUCAGCUACCGAUUUAUCAUCCACCGAUGAUUUGCCUAGUACACAAUUUUCACAUGUCGAAUGUUUACUCUAUUCACUACAUCAGUUAUGCAAAUUGAAUCCGAAAUAUUUCGAAGCUGAUAGUAAGGCAAAUGAAUUCAAGGAUUUUAAAUUACGACUUCAGUAUUUGGCUAGAGGCGUACAAAGCUAUGUAAACAAAUUGAAAAAAGUCAUCUCUACCUUGAAACCAUCAGAAUUGAAAACUCCGGAAAACAAGAUCAAAAUGAUUGCAUUGAAAGCAACAUCGAAUAUCAAUUCAUUAACAAAAGAUUUUUUUAAAAUUCCACCAUCCUAUAAAACAUCUAUACAAUUAUCAUUCAAGAGUUCAAAAUCAACAACGACAUUGCAUGCUGCUGCUUCCAUACCGACUUUAGCAUCGGAUAAAACCGAUAAUGGUGGCGAUUCAUCUUCUACUGCUGAUCCAGCUACGAUUACCAAAAAACGUCCGCUGAUUACUGCACCGGAAGGUUCAGAAACAACCUCAUCAACAACAGUGAAACGUGAACGAAAAUUUUAUCAACCACCAGUGGGUAAGUUCAAUAAAACAUCACCCGGAUCAUUUCGGCCAAGAUCAUCAUUUAGUCGAAAUUAUAAUAUCAAUAACCAACGAUUUAAUCAACGUCAACGUGGAGGAUUCAGCGGUGGUCGAGUUGGAAGAGGAGGAGGUGGCUUUCGACGUUUCUAAAUAACUGUGUAGUGAUGGGUACAUAAAAAAGAACAUAAAAAUUUUUUAUUCGAUUGGAAUAAUCAACAUUUUUCAUUCUAUCACAUUUAAUCAAUCAAAUCAAUCGGUAGCAAACAUUUUUAAUGAAUGUAAUUCAAUCGAAUCGGUUUGUCGACGACAACCACGACGAUAUUUUCUAUCCAAAUGAUGUUGACGUUUUGUACGCAUCAAUAUACGAUAGUGAUCAUAUUUGUAUAUAUAAUUAUAAAUGACAAUAAUGAUCAUAUAGCCAAUGGCCAUUAAUGUUAUGAUGAUUAUGGCCAAAUCGAAUGCAGUUAUUUUGCCUAUAAUGAAUAAUAAUAAUGAUAAUGGAUAGAGAGA